AUGCGGCGAGGUUUGCUGUCGUGGCAGUUUGCAUGCUCCACAUUCGCCCAUGAAUUCCGGUGUGCGGACCUGCGGAUAGAUGAAUGCUUUAACAUUUUACAUAUCCGACGAAUGAAUUCGUUCUCCCAACUGACGGUUUUUCAUUUUAUUCAGUUAUUUGAUACGUUUUUAUUUAUACCGGCCGGUGUGUUGUCUUUGUCGAGUUUACUCUGGGGUAUUGUUAUAAACAUAAUAGAUAUAGGUAUUCAUACGGCCAUGUCGUGCGUUCGUAAAACCUUUUAUGCUGAUAGCGGAUUUGCUCUAUUUACAAAACUGGCUUAG